AUCUCUCUCUCAUCAAUUCUCUCAUUCCACACAGAGAGAUACAGAAACCCGAAACCCAAAUCUCUCUCUCUCUCUUUCACUUCCAUGGCUGCCCACCAACUUCCUUUAGAAGAAGCAAUGCCAUGGCUUCCUUCUCAAGUUCUUGACGAAGCUUGCGAUAUCAAGGUGUAUAUGAGGCAACGCCACCACUACCACCACAUUCAACAACCCCCCUUCCUCCAUCGCCAACGCCCUCACCAUCGUCCUCUUUUAUCGCCGUCCGAUUUCGCUCUUUCGCUGAAUGAGAAAUCGAAGUACAGUAAUAUUUGUUCUCGGCCGAACCAGAAGCAAAAACCAGCUUCUAAUUGGACAGCUGGAGGACAAGGAAUGCAAGCGAUUUUUCUCGAUUCCGGCCGCCAAUUAGGCGGUACCGGCGUUUUUCUUCCUCGAGGAACCGGCGGCUCCAGUAAUUACCAACCAAACCAAAAGCCAGCUUGCUCGAUGGUGCUUGUUCCUGCUCGAGUUGUUAAAGCUCUUAAUCUCGAUGUUCAAGCAUUAGGAUUGCAGAUUUCCCCACGCAAAGAGGCAAAAAACAACCAAAAGGGUAGAGAAUGCAACAACUCAAUAGUGAAAAACAAGAAGGGCAAAGAUAUAACAUCCACACAUUGCUCCUUCAUGUCCCAAAAUCAAACCAAUUCAUCCCAAGACAUCAUAUUCCUUCCUAAAGAAUGGACCUAUUAACUACUUCUCCAAAUUAUUCAUAAUUUUACGAUGUACGAAAAAAUUCAUAAUUCAAGCAAAACUAGAGGCUAGCUGACUCUUUCUAUCACUUUUCAUUCUAAUGUACAUUUUAAUAAUACGAAUUAGAUUGUAACGUUCGAUUCUACCAACAAAUCAAAUAUCAUUUCCGUCA